GCUGACAGCGAUGGAUCCUUUGUGUUACCAGACUGGGAGUGUUGCAUUGCAGGGGAGGAAUGAGGGGUACCCUGGACCGUCUGCAGGACUGACGGCCGUUCAGUACACCUCAGUGAACAUGGCCCCGGAGGCCCUGGAGGCCCUGGAGGCCCCUGAGGACCACGUCAUCUGGUCAAUCUUCAACUUGGUCCACUGCAAUCCCUGCUGCCUCGGACUAGCAGCUCUCAUCUUCUCUAUCAAGGCCAGAGACCGGAAGGUGGCUGGAGAUAUGAAAGGUGCCCGACACUACGGCUCCACGGCUCGCUGGCUCAACAUUCCGGCCUCAGUGCUGGUAUCCACCUCCCUGCUUAUUCUCAUCACAAUAACCACCAUUAGACUGCGAUACAUUUAAAUGGGCUAGAUGAUGCUGUGGCUGAAGGAUGAUUUCGGUUUUGUUACUCGUGGCACACUUUGUAACCCUUCCAAAGUUUUUUUUUUGUAUCUUAUAUGAGGUUAAACAGAUUAUUUUUAUCAGUUUGUGUUACAAAAGUCUGAAACCAACUUAAGUUUCCUUAAUAACAAUCUGUAUUGUAAUGCCAGAACAUGUUUUUUGAUUUGGAUUUCCUGUCGGCAAGACAUCUGUCUUAGCAAAACAAAAUA